AUGAAUAUCAUUGCGUGGAACUGUAGGGGUGCUCUGAAACCCGAAUUUCAGAACCAUGUUAGGGAGCUAGUUCAAAGCCAUAACCCAGCUAUGCUUAUUGUAAUGGAAACUCGUGUUGGUGGGAGCAGAGCUAAGGAAAUCAUAGAUAGGCUUCCUUUCGACGUGGCUAUCCACACAGAAACCAUAGGGUAUGCAGGCGAGCUGUGGUUGCUGUGGAACUCAAAUAGGGUCAUAGUGGCACCACUUGCCACCAUUGAGCAAGAAAUUCAUGUCUCGGUUAAGGUGAGACCCUCUGACUCUGAAUGUAUUCUUUCUGCUAUCUAUGCUAGUCCUAGAUUCAAUGAACGUUGUGUGUUGUGGAAUAACCUUGUUAAUGUGGCUAGUUUGCAUGGUAGUCCAUGGAUUAUUGCAGGGGAUUUUAACGAAGUUUUGGCAGAUGAUGAGAUAUAUGGAGUAAGGGAUGCUUGGGGUCAAUCAAACCGACUUGAUGAAGCAGUGGAUAAAUUUACCAGAGAUGCUACUGCUUGGAACCGAAAUCAUUUUGGCAAUAUUUUUGCGAAGAAGAGAUGUGUCUUGGCCAGAUUAGAUGGUGUUCAGAAAGCUUUAGCUGAAAGGCCUUCAAACUCACUGGUGGAAUUAGAAAAAGUUCUCCAAAGAGAGUUAAACGAGGUUCUAAAUCAAGAGCAGGAACUAUGGGCCCUGAAAUCUAGAGUAAACUGGAUGAUGCUGGGUGAUAAAAAUACAUCUUUCUUUCAUGUGUCCACCAUUGUCAGAAGAAGAAGGAAUCAGAUCUCUUGUUUGAAGAAUAGUGUUGGUGAUUGGAUUCAUGAGGAGACUCAGAUCAUGAGAUUCAUUCAAGAGGGGUUUGGCAAGUUGUACACCACAAGCCACCUUGAAGUAAAACUGCAACUGGGUCCUAUCUCCCCUUGGCAAGCAACUCUUUCUGAUAUGGAGCGAGACAGUUUGUAUGAUCUUGUUUUUGUGGAAGAAAUCAAAUCGACGCUUUGGUCUAUUAAGGCUUUCAAGGCCCCGGGGUCGGACGGUCUCCACGCCGGUCACAAGACUAAGACCAAUGCUAGACGGCUUGUUUCUCCUGUUAAGUUAGCUUUUGUGCCAGGAAGAAAAAGGAUAGACAAUGCAAUCAUUGUGCAAGAGGUCAUCCACACUAUUAGUAAAAAGAAAGGAAGAGUGGGCUACAUGGCAAUUAAAGUUGAUCUCGAAAAGGCCUACGAUAAGCUUGAAUGA